CGAAAAUGGUUAGAACAUCCAAGUAUGAUGACGAAAAGUGGUAGAUCGUGCUCGGUUGGUAGAAGCCUCAUUUGACAAAACUGGUACUAUUCGAUAACUUGUGAUUGUUUUACUUGUAGUUACACGAGAAAAUGGCGUCUACCUCUCCGCGCUGUGAUACAAAACAGCGCAGCUUAAUAAAGCCAACGACGAGGGCGACGUACCUCAGAGUCGGCAUUUUCGCACUGAUGAGUAUCGCCUCCCUUACCUGCCAAUGUCAAGCAAGCUAUAAGCAGCGUUUGAACUCGCUCUUUGGGGAUAUAGCGGAACAACUGCGGACUGUAGAGAAAAACGUAGAAGAAGCUGCACGCGCGAUGGCGGAAACAAGGAUGUUAAGGUUGUUGUAGAUGGUAGUGCUACUGUCGAUUUUAGGAGAUUGGAAUCCAAGGGUACUAGCAUCGUCCGUUAGUACGCUCGAUACCGACUGCAUCCAUUCUCGUACGUUUUCUCUUCUCCAAUUUUUUCCGCCAAAGUAGCAGAGCAUGAGCUACAGAACAGCGUGAUAGUUUCCGAUACCGAUUCGCUUUACGAUAUUUGGGAUACCUCGAGGCAACGCACCCUUGGUUAUCUCGCCUCCCUGGAAGGGAGUAAUUAUGCAGUAACACGGUAUACGAAUGUUGUAGAGCCUCAAGAACGACGGUGAGGCAUUACUUCAGUAAAAUAGUCCAUUCCCAUCCGUGCUAGGCAUCAUACCCAAGAAGCGCAAGCGCUUUACAAUCCCCUUGAAAUGAUGUAGAAGUUUUUACACUUACAGAACAGCUCUAAGUUAAAGGAGAGCCCUCUACACGAGGGUGGUGGACUCGGGAGGAUUCUGAUUCUUUGCAGGGUACUACAGAUUGGGAGGAGAUUGCGAAUACGGCUGAUGGCGCCUUCAAGAACUGGUGGCAGACACGAUUAAGGCUACAAGAAAUCCAUCUUCACAGGCAUCGCCAUCCCGUUUUUAAAGGGAAAAGGGGGCCCAAGAUGCUUCUUCUGUCUCUUGGUUCUAACACGAGAAGAAGAAAAUAUGGAGCAGGGGGGAGAGGAGGAGGAAAGAGCGAAUGUGUCUCCGUUGCGCAGACCGGAAAGCGAUACUGGUGGAGCAGAUCGUGAGGGCAAGAACGUUAUGCGGGAGGAACAUAUUGCACCUCCGAAGCAGCAAUGGCAAGGAGCGAAAGAUGGUGUCGCUCCUUCUGAUCAGCAAGAGCCCUCAACGACAUUAGAGAUGAAACACCAUAGGAUAAGGGACGCGAGAUAUCAUGACGGUGCACGAGAAAGGCUGUCAAGAGACACAGGGCACGUCGAGGACAUGUAAUGAUUGUCACAUACAAUUACUUCUCAUUUCGUUUGAAGUAGAGGCUUCCUUGAUAUUUUAUGGCUCAACGUGCACCCUCUCCCUCAAGAAUUGUCGACGAGGCAAUCUGGCUACCUGAGAGC